AUGUACUGGGUUGGUGACGCUUGUUACGCGCUGCUUCAAAUGAUGAUGGUGUGGACGCCCGACUGCCUCGUGAUUGCUGGCUUGGUGAGCUCUGCAGUUCAUCACGGCAUCCAUCUGACGUCCCUGGACGCAGGUGACAUCGUGGACAUCCCAGAGGUUGACUUUCUGCGUUUGAGAUCUCAGCUGGACGCCCAGAUAGGCGACGUGAAGGUCGGCGAGUUGGGCCGCGCUGGGGUGGAUUCCUCCUCGUCUUCCUCCGCAGCGGGUUUGGGCUCGGUUGACCCGCAGCUGCAGCGUUUCAUCGAGGUAGAGACUCAGAAGCAGAGCUUCCAGCAGCUGGUGGACCGGAUGACGGAACUUUGUUGGGGAAAGUGCAUGGACAAGCCUGGGCCAAAGUUGGACAGUCGGGCUGAGGGCUGUUUUGUGAACCGCAUUGAGCGCUUCAUUGAUACAAGCCAAUUCAUCUUGAAUCGACUGGAACAGACCCAGAAAUCCAAGCCAGUCUUCUCAGAAAGCCCUUCUGACUGA